CAUACACACACACACACACUCAUAAACCAAUUACCACAAUCACUAACAACCUCCUCUCUCAAUCCCUCCCAUGGCCAUGGCAACCCAAGCUUCCCUCUUCACCCCAACUCUCUCCGCCCAAAAAUCCGGUGACCGUGUCGCCGCCCCAUGGAAACAAUCAUCCCUCGUCCCAUUCACCACCACUAAACCACUCAAAUUCACCGUGGCACAAAGGACCGUUAAGGUUGCCGCCGCGGAGGGAAAGACCGAGGCACCACCAAAAGAGGCACCAGUUGGGUUCACCCCACCUGAAUUGGACCCAAACACCCCCUCACCAAUCUUUGGUGGCAGCACUGGUGGGCUACUAAGGAAGGCCCAAGUUGAGGAGUUUUAUGUCAUCACUUGGGACUCACCCAAGGAACAAAUAUUUGAAAUGGUCACUGGUGGUGCAGCCAUAAUGAGACAGGGUCCUAACUUGCUCAAAUUGGCUAGGAAAGAGCAGUGUCUGGCACUUGGCACUAGACUAAGGUCUAAGUAUAAGAUUAACUACCAAUUUUACAGGGUGUUUCCUAAUGGUGAGGUCCAAUAUUUGCACCCCAAGGAUGGAGUCUACCCGGAGAAGGUGAACCCGGGACGUCAAGGGGUCGGGGUCAAUUUGCGAUCAAUUGGGAAGAAUGUGAACCCCAUUGAGGUCAAGUUCACCGGCAAGCAAGUGUAUGACUUGUGAGGUUAGAGGUGAUUAAUUAUUGGUGACAUGUUUGUAUGUGUGUGACUAUGUGAUUAUUUUAGUGUUUGUUUGUUGUACUUGUAUUUUAUUUCUCCAUGAAGCUACAUUACAAAACAUGGAUUGUAUAUUGUGUGUCAUCAAAAACCGUGACAUAUUGAGAAUUA